AAAAAUUUUCCUCGAUAGCGUAGGCCCCGAUUGUGGGGCCAAAACCGGUAGCAAUAUUAUUACCCACAACUCGCUCAGUAUGUACGGAGGCGGUGUCCUGUGCCCGUCACCCUCGACCGCGACCGGGUUCUACAAUCCGCGUGGUCAGGGUUCCGAGAUAGGCGCCCUGGAGCUAGGGUUCCCCCGGGGGAUGGCCCUGGUUCCGCCACCACCUCAUGGAGCCUGGCGGGAUCCCAGCAGCCUCAGCUCGCACCUGCCAGUCUCCAGCACCGGUGAGGACAUAACCACCCUCGGCGGAGGAACCGGCCCACCGGUGCCCUCGAUGCAAAGCAACUCCUCCGUCGACAAGAAAGACUUCCUAUCGUCGGGAUCCCUAUCCGGUGCCGGAACCGGUCAGCACAACGCCAACAGCCUGGCCGUUUCCCAGCACAACUCCGUAGUCGAGAAGAAGGAGUUCCUUUCGCUCCAACAGAGCACGACUCCCGGCUCGCAAAGCAUGAACUCCCAGAAUGGAAGUCAACAGGAUCUCAAGAACCAGAACAUCGAAUGUGUUGUGUGCGGAGACAAAAGCUCCGGCAAGCACUACGGACAAUUCACAUGCGAAGGUAAGCCUCUAAACAAACCGACCGACGAAAUCAUAAGUCCCGUCGUUGUUGAUCCCCAACAUAAAUUCCGCCAAAACGUGUGUCUACCCCAACCGUUUUCAGACUUACAUAUGUUCUACACGACAAACGACGACGACGACUCCAGCUUAUCCCUUACGAAAGAGAGGAAAAAAACCGUGGGACUUUACCCGUCGUUGCCUUCAACAACAAGAUCACUAUCGUAA